AUGAAUACUUUCCAAAGGUUCCUCCAUGCAUCACUCGACGAAGACGUUGUGUCUUCAUUGGCAGUUUUAGCCAAGCGCCAUGAUGGAUGUACUAUAUUAUCCCAAUACUUGGGUGGUCCAUCGCCCUCUUGGCCUGGUCAAACCAUCAUCGACGACCAAACCCUCUUCACGCUCGCCUCCCUCACAAAAUUGCCCACCACCGUGGCCGUUUUACAAAUCGUAGAAAGGCAGCUACUUACUCUAGAUGCUGAUGUGAGCGAAUUACUUCCAGUCUUAGGCCGACAACAGAUUCUUGCGGGUUGGAAUGCAGAUGGAUCACCCAUUUUCCAGCAACGUCGGAACCCCAUUACCCUUCGCAACCUCCUAACUCAUUCAUCCGGGUGUGGCUACGACUUCAGUAACCCCAACUUGAAAAGGCUCCGUCGUUUCCGAGAAGAUAUAGGUGGAAGUAAGCCCACUAUUGAUGAGUGGUUUGACCAGCCGCUUCUAUUCGAGCCUGGCCAAGGCUGGGAGUAUGGCAGUGGGGUGGAUUGGGCCGGCAAGCUUGUCGAGAAGAUCAGCGGCGUGUCAUUGGAAGUUUACUUGAGGGAUCACGUUUGGAAUCCUAUCAGCGCUUCUGACUUCACCUUCUGGCCUGAUGCUUCAGGCAGCACAAACAAAAUCGCCGCCUUGACGCACCGAAACAAAUAUACCGGGAAACUGGAGGCGUCUUCUGAGAAGAUACGUAUAAACGUGGGCCUUGAGGAGUGUUUCGGAGGACACGGUGGGUAUUGCAGUGCAGCAGAUUAUAUGAAGCUUUUGUUUUCGCUGCUAGUAAGCGACGAACGAAUUCUACAGGCACACUCUGUAGAGCUCAUGUUCCAAGACCAGUUGUCAGAAGAAAGCAAACGGAUAUUUCAAUCUACCUUCAAGAGUAGCAAGAUGGGUGUGGGUGACUUCUAUCCCGGCGAGGUCUACACCUGGGGCUUAGGUGGGAUGAUUAUCGAAGAAGCUCAUGGCCAAAGAGCACCCUAUACUCGAGGGCCACGAACUCUCGCAUGGGGUGGCUAUACAAACCAAUUCUGGGCAAGUCACUCUUUCAUGUACUGCUUACUAUUCCUAUCUAAUCUUUCAUCAGUUCAUCGACCGAAGUAA